AAAUAAGGGUGGCGAUCGAUGUUCACGAAUGGGCGUUGAAAGUGCCUUGUUGUCCGUUUAUUCUGUUUGUGUUCAGUCAUUGUUAGACCUUUCAAAAUUCAUGCCUAUUCUUCUCUCUCCCUCUCCCUCUCCCAAUCUAUGUAUUCUUCUCUCUCUUUCACCAUCUUUUUACGGUAUUGGGUGGUGUCGAAUAUAUUGAAAAUAACAGAAUAUGGCAUACAAAGUAGACCAUGAAUAUGACUAUCUCUUCAAGAUCGUACUCAUUGGUGAUUCUGGUGUUGGAAAAUCAAAUAUACUCUCCAGGUUUACCCGAAAUGAGUUCUGUUUAGAAUCUAAAUCUACCAUUGGUGUUGAAUUCGCUACCAGAACAAUACAGGUGGAAGGGAAAACAGUGAAAGCACAAAUAUGGGACACUGCAGGUCAAGAGAGGUACAGAGCAAUCACAAGUGCAUAUUACAGAGGAGCUGUUGGUGCCUUAUUAGUGUACGACAUAAUCAAGAGACAAACAUUUGAUAAUGUUCAAAGGUGGCUUCGUGAACUAAGAGACCAUGCAGAUUCCAACAUUGUUAUUAUGAUGGCUGGAAAUAAAUCUGAUUUGAAUCAUCUAAGAGCAGUAUCUUCUGAUGAUGCUCAAAGUUUGGCUGAGAAAGAGAGUCUUUCAUUUCUAGAGACUUCAGCAUUGGAAGCUUUAAAUGUUGAGAAGGCUUUUCAAACCAUUUUGUUUGAUAUUUAUCAAAUUAUAAGUAAAAAGGCACUUGCUGCACAAGAGUCUGCUUCUACUCCUAGUCUUCCUCAUGGAACUACCAUUAAUGUGUCAAAUAUGUCUGGUACUGUGGAAAAGAAAUCUUGUUGCUCAAAUUAACAGGUUAUAAUAUGUAGAAAAUUACAUGAAGAACAAUCUUUUUAGGGAUUUAAUAUUUCCUUCUUUUUUUGUAUUUGACAAAACACACAAACUACAUAAGAAAAUAGUUGCUAUCUCUAGUUAAAUUUUCUUUUUAGUAUCUCUCAAAGAUAAAAAAUGCAAUUAUCUUUUAAAAAGUACAAUAGAAAAUAAAUAUCUUAGUAGCGAGCAAUGUAACCUAAGAAAAUGAAUACUGAUUCUAAAAUGCAUGGAUUGAUUGGGAUUCUGGAGUAUCUUGUUUAUGCAGUAAAUUUGUAGAUGUGAUUAAGCAUUGUAAGUGUAAUUUCUUAUUGUUGUCCCUAA